UCAUCUGUCUCUCUAACCUUCCUUCUCCGGGAAAGCACACAAACACAACAACAACAGCAGCAGCUGCACAACACCAUCCCUCACCCUCUAUGCGAACCUCACGAACCCAAAAACGGUGAGCGGACUUUUCCCCAGUUUUCCGGCGAGACGCAUUUUUUGGCCAUAUCCGGCCAGCUUUUGGCUUCUAAAUAGUUUCCGGCGACCCCCACGGCUUUCAAGUCAUUUUCCGGCUAAACCACGGCUAUUUAGCCGUGGAGAAAGUUUCCGGCGUGUUCCCCCGUUUUUCUGCGGACCAGUCAGUUUUCAGGCUAUUUUCCGGCCAUCUCCGGCAACCUUUGAACUUCCAAAUAGAUAAGAAGGCCAGAGGAAAAGCAUCGGGGCAAAGGUCCAACUCCCUCUCCUCCGGGAACCUUCCAGGAACAAGAUCCGUAGACGACGACGUAGACUUUCCUGUGCAUUGUCGACUUGGCGGGAAAUUCCCUCGUGGAACUUGGUGGAACAAUGACGUCCAUAACAAUAGUAAUGAUAGGACUUUCCUCUUCUAUAUAAAGAAAGACACUGAGCAUUCUGGUUUCCAAAUCUCUCAAUCUACUGUGUUUUUAAGCAGAUCGCCAGAAGCUUGAAGAUGAACAACCAAAUUAGCAGUGCGGGGCUUGAACUAGCAAAUGUGCUGGUGACUUCUCCUCCCCUGCACCAGUCAUGGGACGCGGUUCAAAAGCAAAAGCUCCAGACAGCUGCUGAUCCGAAUGCACAAAUGACCUUAUACAUUAGUGAAACCAAGCACUCAAACACCACCAUCAUAUCUUUUCUUACUGCACCAGUAGAGGUUCAAGAUCCACAAGCGAUGAUUUCAUCGACGACUCUCAAGGACACAAAUUUUCUUCUCUUUGAGUUUUUGUGCAGCCAAAAAACACCAAGUUACUUCGUCAAUGAAUUGGCAAUCAAAUUCUUCGCCUUGAGUCACACCAACCUCGAUCUUUUGCGAACAAAGCUGGUAGAAAGCAGCAAUUCCAACUCAUCGAUACUUAUCACUGGACAUUCUUUUGGAGGCUGUGUGGCUACCCUUUUCACCUUAUGGCUGCUACAAAGCCUCAACUUGUCGAAAGCGAAGCGUCCCCUUUGCAUCACUUUCGGUUCACCCUUGACCGGUGACGAACAACUCCGACAAUGUGUGUUGCAAUUCUCAACAUGGAGUUCUUGCUUCUUGAAUGUAGCCUCUAUCAACGAUCCUGUACCUAAAGCCUUCCUAACCGCUUCGCAAGCGAGUGAUUACAAGCCUUUCGGAACAUUCCUAUUGUGCUCCGCUUCGGGUGGUUCUUGCUUUGAGGACCCAGAUGCCAUUUUGCAACUGUUGGUGGAAACCGGCUCUCAGAGUGCUCAAAUUCAAGGUCCGAAUUUGGGGUUUCAGUAUUUCGAUUACGGACAGAUUUUGAGUGAUCUCAAGCUGAAGGCAUUUUCUAGAGAUGUCUUUGAGUUGGUUGAAGAGGAUAGAGUUCCACUUAAAGCUGGAAUUAAAACACAAUUGGCAGCAAUAUUUGGAGUUAAUAGCUCACAGUCAUUGCAGCAGCAGCAACCCGACAUAAAUUUCGGCAAUCUGAUGCAAAAGAUGGAAACUCAAGAACGUAACCACGCAAUCCAGAAGACGCAGGUUUACAGUUCUUUCUGGAAAUUGAAUGAGAUUAAAAAGUACAUGGCCUACAUGGAAGGGUACAAGAAGGAGUCCAAAGAGAUGGGAAUUGGAUACUAUGACAGGUACAGAAACAAGCGUUGCUUGGGUGACAUUAAUGCCGAAGAGUACAAGAAGAAGCUCUCUAAUUACUGGGAGGACACGGUUGCAGAAGUUGAGAGCAAUCCCCAGAAAGAAGGAGCCGCAAUGCGUACUCGUUUCCUAUUUGGUGGAACGAAUUACAGAAGGAUGAUCGAACCGCUUCACAUUGCAGAGUACUACAAGGAAGGUGGAAAAGAUUACAUAAAGGAAAGGCCUCGACAUUUCGUUCUGUUGGAGCAAUGGUUCAAUGAAGACGCGGAAAAGAAGAAGCCAGAGAGGGAGCAGAAAGAAAAGGAGAACCCCCAACUGCGUGGCGAAAGCAAGUCGAACUCAAAAGCGAAGAAUGUGGCUUCAAGUCUGAAUGAUGAUUCUUGUUUUUGGGUGCAUGUCGAGGAAGCGCAUAUCUUAUGCAAUGAACAAGCGAGUAAUCCAAAUGCCAAGCAAAUGCUGAUGGAAUUUGAGCAGUACGUGCUGAAUAAUCUCGAGAAGUUUGCAGUGACGCCUGAUAUUUUCUUGGCCCAAAGCAGCUACAUGCAAUGGUGGAACGAGUACGAAAAAAGGGUGGGACAUGACUAUUCCUCACCACUCGCCAAGGUCAUGAAGCGUCACACUUACACCAAAUAUGCGGAGGGGGUCUCGGUUCUUGCUGAUAUAUAAUGCAAGAUAAUUAAAUUUUAAGCAAGCAAUUAAUUAAAUAAAGCAAGAUUAGUUAUGCUGUAUUGCUCAUGAUCUUCAUAUGGAAAAGUGUGCAGUACUUGCCAGACUUGUUGGC